AUGGCUGUUUCUUGGCCACCCACCCUGAGACUAAGUUCUGCCCCAGAUGAAAUCCAGCACCCACAUAUUAAAUUUUCAGAAUGGAAAUUUAAGCUAUUCAGGGUAAGAUCCUUUGAAAAGGCACCCAAAGAAGCUCAAAUGGAAAAGAAAGAUUCCUCAGAGAGGAAACCCUCUCUAGAGCAAUCUCCAGCUGUGCUGGACAAGGCUGGUGGUCAGAAGCCAACCCUAACUCAACCAGCACUAAAGGUCCACCCUAAGUUUUCAAAGAAAUUCCAUGAGGAUGGGAAAGCGAGAGACAAAGCAAUCCACCAGGCCAACCUUCGACAUCUCUGCCGCAUCUGUGGGAAUUCUUUUACUACCGAUGGGCGCAAUAGGAGAUAUCCAGUCCACGGGCCUGUGGAUAGUAAAACUCAAGUCCUUUUACGAAAGAAGGAAAAGAGAGUCCCUUCCUGGCCAGACCUCAUUGCCAAGGUUUUCCAGAUCGAUGUAAAGGCAGAUAUUGACUCGAUCCACCCCACUGAGUUCUGCCAUUCCUGCUGGAGCAUCAUGCACAGGAAGCUUAGUAGUGCCCCACAUGAGGUUCACUUCCCAAGGAACGCAGCCAUGGAGUGGCACCCCCACACUCCAUCCUGUAACGUCUGCCUCACCACCCUUCGGGGACUCAAGAGGAAGGGUCAUCAGCCAAAUGCGCAGCUCAGCAAAAAACUCAAAACUGUGGCUGACCAAGAAAGACGAGCUCAUCAGUGCAAGAAGAGAGCUCGGAAAAGGAUCAGCAGCAAGGAAGUGAUGAAGAAGAUCUCCAACUGCAGUAAGAUACAUCUUAGCACCAAGCUUCUUGCAGUGGAUUUCCCAAAACACUUUGUGAAAUCGAUAUCCUGCCAGAUUUGUGAACACAUUCUGGCUGAUCCUGUGGAGACCAGCUGUAAGCAUGUAUUUUGCAGGAUCUGCAUUCUCAGAUGCCUCAAAGUCAUGGGUAGCUAUUGUCCCUCUUGCCGCUAUCCUUGCUUCCCUACUGACCUGGAGAGUCCAGUGAAGUCCUUUCUGAGCAUCUUGAAUUCCCUGAUGGUAAAAUGUCCAGCUAAAGAGUGCAAUGAGGAGGUCAGCUUGGAAAAAUAUAAUCACCAUGUCUCACAGCACAAGGAAUCAAAAGAUACUUUUGUGCAUAUUAAUAAAGGGGGCCGGCCCCGCCAGCAUCUCCUGUCACUGACCCGGAGGGCUCAGAAGCACCGCCUGAGGGAGCUCAAGCUGCAAGUCAAGACUUUUGCUGACAGAGAAGAAGGUGGAGAUGUGAAGUCUGUGUGCCUGACCUUGUUCCUGCUGGUGCUGAGGGCGAGGAAUGAGCACAGACAAGCCGAUGAGCUGGAGGCCAUCAUGCAGGGCCGGGGCUCUGGCCUGCAGCCAGCUGUGUGCUUGGCCAUCCGUGUCAACACCUUCCUCAGCUGCAGUCAGUACCAUAAGAUGUACAGGACUGUGAAAGCCAUCACCGGGAGGCAGAUUUUUCAGCCUUUGCACGCCCUACGGAAUGCCGAGAAAGUCCUUCUGCCAGGCUACCACCCCUUUGAGUGGCAGCCAGCUCUGAAGAAUGUGUCUUCCAGCACUGACGUCGGCAUUAUUGAUGGACUGUCUGGACUGUCCUCCUCUGUGGACGAUUACCCAGUGGACACCAUUGCCAAGCGGUUCCGCUACGAUUCAGCUUUGGUGUCUGCUUUGAUGGACAUGGAAGAAGACAUCCUGGAAGGCAUGAAAGCCCAACAUCUUGAUGACUACCUGAAUGGUCCCUUCACUGUGGUGGUGAAGGAGUCUUGUGAUGGAAUGGGAGAUGUGAGUGAGAAGCACGGGAGUGGACCAGUAGUUCCGGAAAAGGCAGUUCGGUUUUCAUUCACAGUCAUGCAAAUUACCAUAGCACGUGGCUCACAGAAUGUGAAGGUGUUUGAAGAAGCCAAACCUAACUCUGAACUGUGUUGCAAGCCCUUGUGCCUCAUGCUGGCAGAUGAAUCUGACCACGAGACCCUGACGGCCAUCCUGAGCCCUCUCAUUGCCGAGAGGGAGGCCAUGAAGAGCAGUGAAUUAAUGCUGGAGAUGGGAGGCAUCCUCCGGACUUUCAAGUUCAUCUUCAGGGGCACCGGAUAUGAUGAGAAACUGGUCCGGGAAGUGGAAGGCCUUGAGGCUUCUGGCUCAGUCUACAUUUGUACUCUAUGCGACGCCACCCGCCUGGAAGCCUCUCAAAAUCUUGUCUUCCACUCCAUCACCAGAAGCCAUGCGGAGAACCUGGAGCGUUAUGAGGUCUGGCGUUCCAACCCGUACCAUGAGUCUGCCGAAGCACUGCGGGAUAGGGUGAAGGGGGUCUCGGCCAAGCCCUUCAUUGAGACAGUCCCUUCCAUCGACGCUCUCCACUGUGACAUCGGCAAUGCCGCUGAGUUCUACAAGAUUUUCCAGCUAGAGAUAGGGGAGGUGUAUAAGAAUCCCAAUGCCUCCAAGGAGGAAAGGAAAAGAUGGCAGACUACCUUGGACAAGCAUCUCCGGAAGAAGAUGAACCUGAAACCAAUCAUGAGGAUGAAUGGCAACUUUGCCAGGAAGCUCAUGACCAAAGAGACGGUUGAAGCAGUCUGUGAACUAAUUCCUGCUGAGGAGAGGCACGAAGCCCUGAGGGAGCUGAUGGACCUUUACCUGAAGAUGAAACCCGUAUGGAGAUCAUCAUGCCCUGCUAAAGAGUGCCCAGAAUUCCUCUGCCAGUAUAGUUUCAAUUCACAGCGCUUUGCUGAGCUCCUUUCUACUAAGUUCAAGUAUAGAUAUGAGGGCAAAAUCACCAAUUAUUUUCACAAAACCUUGGCACACGUCCCAGAACUUAUUGAGAGGGAUGGCUCUAUUGGGGCAUGGGCAAGUGAGGGAAAUGAGUCUGGCAACAAACUGUUUAGGCGCUUCCGGAAAAUGAAUGCCAGGCAGUCCAAGUGCUAUGAAAUGGAAGAUGUCUUGAAACAUCACUGGUUAUAUACCUCCAAAUACCUGCAGAAGUUUAUGAAUGCUCAUGAUGCAUUAAAAAACUCUGGGCUUAAUGUAAACUCGCAGGCAAGUUUAGGAGAGCCAUUAGGCCUAGAGGACUCUCUGGAAACUCAAGAUUCAAUGGAAUUUUGA